AUGAUGCUUUUCGUCACUCCUCUUAAUUUAAACAUUAUCAUGGAAAGGAUUAUAUUCCUGCGCUUGUCCGAAGCUGAUAUGCAUCACGCUACUCGCAAUAAUGCGGAAUCAUACAACCUACUUGAUUCGUCCGACAUCGAAGUUGUUCCAGAUUGGCUGCUAGGAACCUAUUAUUAUAACGACAUCGUAAGCUCUACCAAACCUGGCAUUCGCCUCCCUUCUGAUCCUUUUGCAUUAUCAACUCUCUUUGGUUACAUGGUAACAGGCUCCGAAAAUUGUUCUGCAAAUAAGAAAGAAAUGGUUACUUGUGAUAUGACGAGUGCAAAUCCGGAUGACAUAGCACCGGAUUUACCUGGAAUGUGGGCUCUUGAAAGCUCCGGAAUCACAGAAUCCCUCUCAGAAUCAGACGAAAACCGCAAAAUACUACAUGAAAUCUAUGGUACUAUCGAGGUACGAGAUCGCAAAAUAUUCGUUAAAUUUUCUCGGAGUUUUGAAAAGAUGAAUCUCGACGACAAUUACAGAGCAGCCUUGUGCCGUUUAGACCAACUUUUUGGAUCCUUACACGACAACAGAGACCUGUGUUCUGCCUUCUGUAAGAUAAUCAAGGAAUAUCGUGAAUGCAUUAUAAUAGAGGAAGUUUCACACGAGUUCAGUAUCGAAGAUUCUCCAAUCAUGCUAUAUAAUAAUGCGCUUAGUCCGUGUGUGUGCGUUCGUCUGUGUGUCGCCAAAAUAGCCCACAAAUAUGCAAAACAUUCCAUCGUUGGGAAACGAAGCUGCGUCACCCACCUGAUAGGCGAGCGUUCUGUCGCUGAGCAUCUGUCAAGAACUAUGUUAUGA